AUGAGUGGUUUGAUAAAUCGACAGAAGUACUCCGCAGCUUUUGUGGCGUCUAGUUAUUUUUGCAUUUCUGCUAGUAUAUUGACGGUGACUCUAUUUUCUGGAAACAUAUUGGGUCACACAUCGGAAUUGUGGGCGUUGAAGUACUGGGGACCAGCAUUGUAUUUAUGCCUACUUAAUUUUACCCUUCGGUAUUCAUUAAAGGGCUUCCCAUAUGAAGUUGCCUUAAGAUCAGCAUUUCUAGGAUCAGUGUUCGCAUUAGGAUUAUAUUUGACUUCGUUAACUGCAGCAUGGAGGGCAUUUGGCCUGUAUAUAAUAGCACUUUCAAUAUUUCAUUUCUCUGAAUUCUUUGCUGUUGCACUUACAAAUCCAAGAACAUUGACUAUUGAUUCAUUUAUUUUAAAUCAUAGUUAUCAGUAUUGGCUUGCUGCAAUCGCUAGUUGGAUUGAGAUGUCAGUUGAGUGUUAUUUCUUUCCUGGCCUCAAAUCAGCACAAUGGUUGACAAUGUUAGGUGUUGCUAUGUGUAUUAGUGGAGAAGUGUGGAGGAAAAUGGCUAUGUUUACAGCUAAAACUAACUUUAAUCAUCAUGUACAAACAGUAAAGAAAGCAGAUCAUCAACUUGUUACAGGUGGAGUGUAUGCAUUUUGCCGUCAUCCUAGCUACAUGGGUUGGUUUUAUUGGUCAAUAGGUACACAGAUGAUUCUUAUAAACCCAAUAUGCUUGGUGAUCUAUGCCAUAGUGUCAUGGUCUUUCUUUCAAGAGCGUAUUUAUGCAGAGGAAAUGUUCCUUGUGUCUUUCUUUGGAAACCAAUACCUUGAAUAUCAGAAGCAGGUUGGCACUGGGAUCCCAUUUGUCAGAGGAUAUGUUCCUGAUGACAGCUGGUGA